GAAUCAGCUCAUAUGAGCACGGAUCAGCUGUCCAGAUAAUUCAUUUUUCUUGUAAUGAUCACGUUAGAUUCGCUCAACUCUCCAUUCUCCACGUCUUUAACUCACUUGACGUCUUCACUUUUAGCAUUUAGACUCGUAUAGACACAUAUCUGAUUUGCGGUACAGUAAGUCAUGGAUGUUGAUGGGAACAAAGAAAUAUUCCAACGAUUUAGACCGUCAGGCGACAAUAGAAAUCACAAGGUUUGCUAUCAUUGGCGGGCGGGUAAAUGCAAUAGGUUCUCAUGUCCUUUUUUGCACAGAGAGUUGUCCGCACCUUAUUCAAACUACAAUGAUGGUAUUUCAUUGGUUAAACGAUCACAAGGGUUUUCCGAUGAUCAUAAUUCUAUCCGCCGGAGUCCCAAUUUCAAUGGGACAUCUACAUGGGGACGAGUGUAUAGUGGUGGGGGUGGCAGUCGUGUUGUGACGAAGACAGAAAAGUUGUGUAACUUCUGGAGUCAGGGAAGUUGUUCUUUUAGAGAUAAGUGUAGAUAUUUGCAUUCAUGGUGUACUGGCGACUUUUCAUUGUUAACACAGCUUGAAGGACACCAGAAGGUUGUUACGGGAAUAACUAUGCCAUCUGGUUCGGAUAAGCUUUAUACUGCAAGUAAGGAUGAGACUAUCAGACUUUGGGAUUGCCAAUCUGGUCAAUGUGCUGGAGUCAUCAAUUUAGGGGGCGAAAUUGGCUGUAUGUUAAAUGAAGGUCCUUGGAUAUUUGUUGGUUUGCCACAUAUGGUCAAGGCAUCGAACACCCAAACAAAUGCUAUGCUGACUCUUGGUGGACCUGUUGGACAAGUCUACUCAUUAGUUGUGGGGAAUGAUAUGCUCUUUUCUGGCACACAGGAUGGGACUAUUUUAGCAUGGAAAUUUAAUGCUGCUGCAAAUAAUUUUGAACCUGCAGCAUCACUUAAGGGUCACAAUCAUGCUGUUGUGACGUUAAUUGUUGGAGCUAACAGACUAUACUCUGGUUCGAUGGAUCAUUCAAUUAGAGUGUGGAGUCUCGAUAAUUUGCAGUGUUUGCAGACGCUAGCAGAUCAUAAAUCAGUUGUAAUGUCUAUUCUUUGCUGGGAACAAUUCCUCCUAUCAUGUUCGUUGGAUAAAACAAUUAAGGUCUGGGCUGCAACUGGAAGUGGAAAUCUGGAGGUCACUUAUACACACAAUGAAGAACAUGGUCUGCUGUCGCUUUGUGGCAUGCAUGACUUGGAAGGCAAACCGGUCCUACUAUGCUCUGGCAAUGACAACACAACUCGUGCUUAUGACUUGCCAUCAUUUUCCGAGAGGGGCAAGAUAUUUGCAAAACAGGAAAUUCGAUCCAUACAAAUAGGUCCCGGAGGGUUGUUCUUUACUGGUGAUGGAUCCGGACUAGUAAAGGUGUGGAAUUGGUCGCCUAAAAAAUCUGCUAAUGCUUGACCGAUGAGAAGCCCUUAUGUUUUCUUACUUUUACUUUUUGUUUUUCCAGUGUUUUUGGAAGAACCAUAUAUAGUAAUUUUUGAGAUGAAAUAAGUCACAGUAGCAUUUAGUUUGUAGAGAGAAAACAUUGCAUUUCACAAAUUUACCCCUCUUGUAAUUGUAUUCUUUUAAAGCAUUAGACUAUUUAUGAAGUAUAUAGCAAAAAAAAAAGAGACUAUUUGUGAAGUG